AGAAUGUUUCUAUUAACAAUUUUUAAAGCUAAAUUAAUUACUUAAUAUUUGAAAUUUUAUAACAUUAAAUAAAUAAUACUAAUAAAUAGAAUGUACAAUUCGGAAGCAUUGAAAGUGGACUGCAGUAAUGGGGCUAACGUGAAUAAAUUGAUAUCGGAGCUUUGUUGUAGUAUUGCAGGCCAAGAAAAUUUAUUGCCGCAAAAGCAAUUAAUAAAACUUAAAUCAAAGUCCUUUGAAAUAUUGUUAAAAAAAGUUCCACUUUCAAACAAAGAAAGAAAAAAUGAUACCGAACCCUUUCGUGAACUAGACGCACAUAUAUUUGCAGCAAAACUAAUCCUGAAAAACAAUGCAUUGGAAGUGCAAAAAAUUAAAGCAGUUGAAGCGCAAGUGGAGGAUAUUGAAAAGGAGAACUAUUUCAACAAUGGACCUGGUAAAGAUAUAUUAAAAUUUCUUUUAUUGUUGGAAAAUAAUAAAUACGAGGAUCAGCCUGUAGUUAAGGAGCCAACACUACUUAUUCCUGCUCCAUUUACUUUAUUUGGUAGUUAUGAAGAUAGUAAAUGUUAUCCCAAGGAUAUACGUAAUUUUAUUGGCAGUCCAACCCCAUGUUAUUUUAAAGGCAUACAAGCACUUAAAAAUGCCGAUAAUCCUUACUUGCCAAAAUUUAAUGUGGAUGAUACAAAAAACACAUUUUCUUUAAAACAUGCUAAGGAUAAUAUAAUUUCAACAGUGGAGCAAAUAACGCCACGAAAAAUGUGUACCUUUACGGAAAUGACACAUCGAUUGUGUGGUAUAAGUUUACCAAACUUCAGCAUAUUAAAUCCAAAUAAGGAUAAACAUAUCAAUUCCGGCAAAGAUAAAUUUAAUCAAACGAACAUAUCAAAUGAAACCACCAAAACUUGCAAGUCUGUUACUAAAACAGAUGACACAUACGAUUUGAUAUCUUGGAACUGGGAAAAUUUGGGUUGUUAUGGAAUAAAAAAAGAAAAACUAUUCGUUAGCGAAACCAAUAUAUUAUUAGAUUUGAAGAGUUUGCAAGAUGAACGCAAUGGUAAAAAGUUCAUUGCAAAAAUAGUUCCUGUUCAGCUGUUUCUGCAAGAUUUGAAAUCGCUAACUGUUGGUAUACAGUCAGAUAUAUUUAAGCACAAUACAUUACUUAUAUUCGAUAUGGAACCAGAUUAUACCACCGAAAAUUUGCUGCCUGACUCCGUUCGAAUCUAUGUUCAACCUUUUUUAGAGUGCGGUACAUGUUAUAAACGUUUACAAGCAGUUUGCCGUCUAAGAAAUAAUACGCAAAAUGGAUUUUUAUUUAAGACGUUUUGUAGUGCUUUGGAUGAAUAUUUAAUGACAUUUCGUCAAAUUGUAUUCUCUAUAGAGGAUAAACGAUUAUUAAGUUUUCAAUUUCGUAUGCGAAAAAUAACAAAACAAAUAAUAUAUUUAACAAAUGCCUUAAUGUCCAAGCCGAAUGCUGUGAAAAUAAAUCCACCAGUGGGCGCCCAGUUGCUUUGUUUUUUCUAUAAUGAAGUUACCCGCCUAACAGAUAAAAGAAGCAUCUCACUUUUUAUAUUUUUCAUCAAACGCCUAUGUCAUGCUUACUUCAAAUAUCUAGAGAAGUGGAUAUUUGGCGGUGUUUUAGAUGAUAAUUUUGAUGAACUUUUUAUACAUUUUUCUAAUCGAUAUAUGAACAAUACCAAAAUCUUUUACGACAAAGCUCAUUAUGUUAAUAAGAAAAAUGUACCCGGUUUCCUGCAAAAAUAUGAGGACCGUAUAUUGCAAUGUGGCAAACAUACCAUGUUACUUAGAGCAAUUAAACCAAAUCACCCAUUAUUUAAACUAAAAUGUCCAGCUUUAACAGUUCACUUAACUCAUGAGGGGAUACAAGACCUCUAUAGAGAUUGUGAAAAAUUCCACAAAACAGCAAUGGAGGUGUGUGGACAACCAGUGACAAUGAAAAAUGUUUUAGAAGAUAUUCAACAGAAGAAACGUAAACUUCAGGAGACUUCUGUACAACGUGUGCGCGAAUAUAUUGAUAAGUGGACGGAAGAACAAAAAACACUUUCACAACAAGCCGCAGAUAAAAAGCAAAAAAAUUUCGAAAUGCUACAACAACAAAUGGAAAGUGAUCGACAACGUAAAAUUGAAGAUCGACUGAAGAAUAUUGAAGAAGAUCUACAAAUUAUGGCAGAGGCUAAAAAAAUUGAAGAUGAGCGUUUAGUAAAGGAGAAUAUUAUUUUACAGAAACGUAUUGAUUACUACAAUGAACUUAAAGAAAUAGUUAAACAACAAGAUGAAGACAUGAUUAAUCAAAAAUGCAAAAAUGAGAAAGUUUUAUACGAAUUCUCUAAACGAACCAAUUCAAAUCCUGAUAUUAAAGAUAUUUCUUCAAAUAAGGAAAUUGAUACGACUGCAACAAAACUCAAACGUUGUCUUUCCGAUUUAGAAAGAAAUAGAAUUAAUGCCAUGUCUCAUCAACUUACCGAACAUUCUACUCAAAGCGAUCCAAUUAUACCAAAUGAUAUUAAAAAUGAGAAAUCACAAAACAACAAUAACGUGCCAAAUGCAGUAUUAAAUGAUGGAAUAACAAAUCAAAAUCUGAACGCCACUUUAACAAAUAUUGUGGUACCAACUUUAAAGCAUAGCGUAUCCGAUGUUAUUAAUUCAAAUGUAGUACCUGAACCGGAAGAGAAUUAUUUAAAACAAAAUCGCGAUAAAGUGUUAGGCAGCACAAUUUUAUUACAAUAUUACGAUGUAAAACCAGAAAUUACUACGUCUACUGCUAAUAUGAAUGUCAAUAUUCACAAAGAAUCUCUCUUAGAUAGUGUCGCUCUAAGUGAAGCAAAGCAAACGGAACUAACCGAAGCGUUGGGUGAUGUAAAUCUAAACACUGUGACAGAUACCGAGCUCACGGAUUUACAACGUAAUCGCAAACGUAUGAUGCAAAACGAUCUCUUCACCGAGUAUAAUAAAGAACCAUUCGCAGGUCGUAACAAUCUUAAUCUAAAUCUUAAUACAGACUUAGCACGAAAUCGUCUAAAGGUGUUACAGAGUGAAUUUGACAUAAUACCAGAAAUAAAACCUGCAAUUGAAAUUUUAACUCCAAUGUCCACGACCUCUGAUACUCCAAUUACUGAAUCUGCGUCAGAAGUAACCAUACCACAUAUGGAAAAAUUAGACAAAGAAAAUGGCAAUUUGCCACGACUCAAAAUAAAUGUAGAUCUCGCCAAAGAAGCAUCUUUAACUACAGAACAACCAAGUUCAAGUGCAGAUACAAAUAUGUAUUUUACUGCAGAAUCUGCACUUAAUACUGCUGGACUCAUGGACCAAGAAGGAUUUAAGUUUAACGUACCAAAAAAGGAAGAAAUAUGCGAUUCUUCAACUGAGUCAAGUACAAAUAUUGGUUUGGUCAAAAGCAAUGAAACAGAAACUAAUAUUAGUCCAGAACCCGAGUAUGAAUAUGCGUAUCAACAUAGUUUGGAGCUUUUGAAAAGUAAUUUUACAAGCACAUCACGAACUCCGCUACUACAACUAGCAAAGCCAAGUGAGAGACCUGUGAAAAAAAUUAAUGUAGAUAAUUUGGAUGUAAUAACACUAACAGAAUUCUUACAAAAAUCUGUUACAAUACCGAUGCGAGUGUAUCACAAAGCAGUCAACAAUGAAAUCAUGCGCUUCUUCAUAGUUGACCUGAAACUUUUUGGACAUUUUAAGAGUUUACGCAACUAUUUCCUGUUAAUGGAUGGCGAGUUCAGUCUAAAGAUUUGUCAUGAAAUAAUCUCGCAAUUGGAGGAAGGCAUGUCACCUAAAGAGUUACUUUGUGGCCAAACAUUACACACAAUGCUUCACAAAGCUUUGUUCUUUAGUUUUUGUGGUAAUGAUAAAAAUUCCAAAAAUUUGUCAUUUACUAUACCCAAUGUACCUGAAAAAUUUAAUCUCUUUUCACCAAAUGUGCUGCAAAGCUUAACCCUAACGUACUUGAUCCAUUGGCCUUUAAAUAUAAUACUCAAUGAGGAAAGUUUGGAGCGAUACGGGAAAAUAUUCAGAUUUCUUGUCAAAGUAAAACGCAUAAGUUGGCUAUUUGAGAAUUGCUGUUGUAUACUUAAAAUGGCUGUCAGGAAGCAUGGCCGAGAACUUUUUAAAUCUCCACAAUUUCUACGUAUACAUGGAAUUCGUUAUAAAUUUUUACACUUUGUGCACAUGAUUGAAAAUCACAUAACUGCCACGGCAUUGCAGGGAUCAUGGAAAAUAUUCAAGGAUGAAUUGCAGAACUGCAAUUGUAUCGAGGAUAUAUACCGUACUCAUGCUGCAUAUCUGAAACGCAUCAUGUUCCUGUGCAUGAUUAAUCGCAGUAGCACAAGAUUCAUGGACACCAUCGAAAACAUUUUUAAAAUUCUAAUAAAAUUUUACUAUAUUUUAAAAGAUCAUGAUUUUGUCCGACAUUCUGAUGAUGAAUACUUCACACAUCCACAUUUCGCUAGAUUGGUUACCGCCGAAGUGGAAUUUGAAAAACAGGUGGAAUUCAUUAUAUAUUUAGGUGACAAAAUGGUAGUAGGAGGUUAUCAGAAAGAGUUAGGCGAAUUCUUACAAUUGUUUAAUUUUAAUAAUUAUUACAAAAAAGCAGAAAAAUCUAUUACAAUCCAGUCUAUAAAUAUUUAA